GGAUCCACGCGCGUUCCGUUUCCCGGUUUGUUGCGCUCCCGUCAUGCAGCGCGCGAACUGAUUUGCAUGGCCCCUCGCCCUACAGCCCGCUCUGCUGUUCCUUUAGCGCCCCCUUUUCACGCUUAUCCCUUCACCGUGGGGCGGGGCUCGCCGUCGGACCACGUGACUCGGCAGAGGGGCUGGGGCAGACGUGGCAAGCGGCGCGCCGGGCACGUGUCGUGGGGCUCAGCCAAUCGGCGGGCGCGGUGGGCGCUCGCGCACUGCCGUCCCGUCCCGGCGCCGUGCGCUCCGCUUCCUCCGGCGGCGAUGGCGGCGGUGAGCCCGGCCUCGGCGGGCGGCGGCCGCUGGGAGGUGGUUCGCAGGGGGCGGCGCCCCGCGGGACGGCCCCGAGAUCCCCCCACGGUCUCCGCAGCGCCCAUCGCCACCACCGAGACCCUUUUCGAGCUCGGUUUCGAGCGCGCCCCGCGCCGCGCGGGCCGGGAGGCGGCGGCCGAACCGCAGCAGCAGCAGCAGCGGCGGCAGCAGCAGCAGCAGCAGUCGGGAAAGGGAUCUCGGAAGGCGGCCGGGGAUGGCGGCUCCAGGCCCGGCCGGUUCCGCUCCCUGGAGGAGGCGCUCAAAGCCUUCAACGUGGCUGACCUGCAGAAGGAGCUGGACAAGAGCCAGAGCAUGUUCCCAGAGAACCCCUCAGUCUGGGUGAAGGACCUGGCCGGCUGCCUCAACUACAAGCUGCAGGCUCCCAAGAGUGACCCGGCACUCAGCCAGCACACCCACGAUUAUCCGUACUGUCUCGUGAGUAAAGAGCUGAAGAAUGCCAUCAGAUCCCUGCUGGGAAAAUCUUCUGGUGUGCUGGAGCUCUUCUUUGAUCACUUAAUUUAUACCAUGCUGCAGGAACUGGACAAGACCCCUGGGGAGUCUUUACACGGGUACAGGAUCUGCAUCCAGGCCGUGCUGCUGGAACGGCCUAAAAUUGCCACCGCCAACCUGGCAAGGUGAUACCUGGAGCUGCUGCGCUCACACCAAAACCGGCCGGCCAAGUGCCUGACCAUCCUGUGGGCUCUGGGGCAAGCUGGCUUCACUGACCUGGCUGAAGGCUUGAGAGUCUGGCUUGGCGUGAUGCUCCCUGUGCUUGGCAUCAAGGCACUUUCCCCAUAUGCUGUCUCCUACCUGGACCGCCUGCUGACGAUGCACCCAAAUCUGACCAAAGGCUUUGGCAUGAUUGGACCCAAGGAUUUCUUUCCCCUCCUGGACUUCGCCUUCAUGCCCAACAAUUCACUGUCACCUAGCCUGCAGGAGCAGCUGCGGCGGCUGUACCCACGCCUGAAGGUGCUGGCGCUGGGCGCGAGGCCGGAGACAACGCUGCAUACCUACUUCCCCUCCUUCCUGUCCCGAGCCACACCGAGCUGCCCGCCUGCCAUGAAGAAGGAGCUCCUGACCUCUAUGAGCCAGUGCCUGAGCUUGGACCCGCUGAGCUUCAGUGUCUGGAGGCAGCUCUACACCAAGCACCUCUCCCAGUCCAGCUUGCUCCUGAACCAUCUGCUGGAGACCUGGGACAGCGGCAGCAGGAAGGCACACCAGGCCCUGCAGGAGACCGUUCACUCCUUCAAGGUGACCAACGAGGAACUGGUUGCAAAGGGACCUGGCAGCCAGCAGGAUGUGGCUAUGUGUGACACUGCCUGCAAGCUGCUGCUGCAGAAGAUGAAGGGCUGGGGCUUCUACUGGUCCCGCCUGCUGCUCAUCCUGCUGGUGUUUGCUGCCGGUUUCCUCAUACACGACAUUCAGACACACGGCUCUCUGCAGGCCUCCGCCUCUGCCCACGCGCUCCGUUCCUCCGGCAUCCUGCCCGCCUGGCAGCACGCCUGGCACAAAGCGGCCCACUUCUCACUGGAGGGCUACAGGUGGUUGGAGAGGACGCUGCCCCCCUACUGCUCCUGUGCCGCGGCUCUCCUGCAGCAGAUGCUGCAGCUUCUCUGGGCGAAGGCGGCCGAGCUGACCCUGCACAUCAGCAAGCAGUGCUUCUCGUUCCUCUCCUGGGCUGGGGAGUGCCUGCUCUGGCUGCUGGAAUGGCUCCAGUCCCGGGUCCCCGAAGCUGUUUGGCAGAUUGCUGAGUGCAUGCGGGAGCUGCUGCUCUUCCUGCUGCGGAACUGCCUGCUGCCGCUGCUGGAGCACGUGUCUGCCGCGCUGCAGCAGGCAUGGAAGCACUGUGUGGAUGCCUGCAAUGGAGAAGUGUCGUGGGACUGUGUGAGGGAGCACCUGAGCAGCUUUACCUAUUCCUCCUGGCUCUACCUGCAGAAAACAACCCUUGCCCUCAAGAACUGGGCCCUGGCCAUGAUUUCUGGACAUUGAGCUGCUCCCGGGGUGGGGGGAUGUGGUGCAGCUGCCCCUGCUGCUGCUGCCACCAGGGAUUGCCCCCCUCUUGUCUCUGUGGGGUCACUGUGGGUGUCCUGGCGACGUGCAGUCAGGUGUCACUGGGUGUCCUCAGCUGCGGGGUGAGAGGUGUUGGGAUAUUUCCCCCCCGACCCGGGGCAAUGAAUGAGCUCAGCACC